GAUGGAGGAUGAAGCUGUCCUGGACAGAGGGGCUUCCUUCCUCAAGCACGUGUGUGAUGAAGAAGAGGUAGAAGGCCAUCACACCAUCUACAUUGGGGUCCAUGUGCCGAAGAGCUACAGGAGAAGGAGGCGCCACAAGCGGAAGGCAGGGCACAAAGAAAAGAAGGAGAAGGAAAGCGUCUCCGAGAACCACUCGGACAAAUCGGACGUGGAAAAUGCCGACGAGUCCAGCAGCAGCAUCUUAAGACCACUCAUCUCUCCCGCAGCCGAGCGCAUUCGAUUCAUCUUGGGAGAGGAGGAUGACAGCCCGGCACCCCCUCAGCUCUUCACUGAAUUGGAUGAACUGCUGGCGGUGGAUGGGCAGGAGAUGGAGUGGAAGGAGACCGCGAGGUGGAUUAAAUUUGAAGAAAAGGUGGAACAGGGUGGGGAGAGAUGGAGCAAGCCCCACGUGGCCACCCUGUCCCUCCACAGCUUAUUUGAGCUGAGGACCUGUAUGGAGAAGGGGUCAAUCAUGCUGGACAGGGAAGCUUCUUCUCUCCCACAGUUGGUGGAGAUGAUUGUUGACCAUCAGAUUGAGACGGGCCUCUUGAAACCUGACCUCAAGGAUAAAGUGACUUAUACUUUGCUCCGGAAGCACCGACAUCAAACCAAGAAAUCCAACCUUCGAUCCCUGGCCGACAUUGGGAAGACAGUGUCCAGUGCAAGUAGGAUGUUCACCAACCCUGAUAAUGGCAGCCCAGCCUUGACCCACAGGAAUCUGACUUCCUCCAGUCUGAAUGACAUUUCUGAUAAACCCGAGAAGGACCAGCUGAAGAACAAAUUCAUGAAGAAACUUCCACGUGAUGCAGAGGCUUCGAACGUGCUGGUUGGGGAGGUUGACUUCUUGGACGCCCCCUUCGUUGCCUUUGUCCGGCUGCAGCAGGCUGUCAUGCUGGGUGCCCUGACAGAGGUCCCUGUGCCCACAAGGUUCUUAUUCAUUCUCUUAGGUCCCAAGGGGAAAGCCAAAUCCUACCAUGAGAUUGGCAGAGCCAUUGCUACCUUGAUGUCUGAUGAGGUGUUCCAUGAUAUUGCUUAUAAAGCUAAAGACAGGCAGGACCUGAUUGCUGGCAUUGAUGAGUUCCUGGAUGAAGUCAUCGUCCUUCCACCCGGGGAGUGGGAUCCAACCAUCAGGAUAGAGCCUCCAAAGACUCUCCCGUCAUCUGACAAACGGAAGAAUAUGUACUCGGGUGGAGAGAAUGUCCAAAUGAAUGGGGACACGCCGCAUGAUGGGGGCCAUGGAGGUGGAGGUCAUGGGGACUGUGAAGAAUUGCAGAGAACUGGAAGGUUCUGUGGAGGACUCAUCAAGGACAUAAAGAGGAAAGCACCGUUUUUUGCCAGUGAUUUUUACGAUGCUUUAAAUAUCCAGGCUCUCUCAGCGAUUCUCUUCAUUUACCUGGCGACUGUGACGAAUGCGAUCACUUUUGGGGGACUGCUUGGGGAUGCCACGGACAACAUGCAGGGUGUGUUGGAGAGUUUCCUGGGCACUGCUGUCUCUGGAGCCAUCUUUUGCCUUUUUGCUGGUCAACCACUUACUAUUUUGAGCAGUACAGGACCUGUUCUAGUUUUUGAGAGGCUUCUGUUUAAUUUUAGCAAGGACCAUCAGUUUGACUAUUUAGAGUUCCGCCUUUGGAUUGGCCUCUGGUCAGCCUUCCUGUGUCUCAUUUUGGUAGCUACCGAUGCCAGCUUCUUGGUUCAGUACUUCACUCGAUUCACGGAAGAAGGCUUCUCUUCUCUGAUCAGCUUCAUCUUUAUCUAUGAUGCUUUCAAGAAGAUGAUCAAGCUGGCAGAUUAUUACCCCAUCAACUCCAACUUCAAAAUGGGUUACAGCACUCAGUUUUCCUGUGCCUGCAUGCCACCCGACCCAGUUAAUAUCUCAAUAGCUAAUGAUACCACGCCGGCCCUGGACAGUUUACCAACUGUUUCUUCUACUGAUAUGUACCAGAACACUACUAUCGACUGGACACUUUUGUCGGUGAAAGAGUGCACGAAAUAUGGAGGGAAGCUCGUGGGGAACAACUGUGAUUUUGUUCCUGAUAUCUGCCUCAUGUCCUUUAUCCUCUUCCUGGGCACUUACACCUCUUCCAUGGCUCUCAAGAAAUUCAAAACGAGUCGUUAUUUUCCAACCACAGCAAGAAAACUUAUCAGUGACUUUGCUAUUAUCUUGUCCAUCCUCAUCUUCUGUAUAAUAGAUGCCCUAGUCGGUGUGGACACUCCAAAACUAAUUGUGCCAAGUGAACUGAAGCCAACAAGUCCAAACCGAGGUUGGUUUGUUCCACCAUUUGGAGCCAACCCUUGGUGGGUGUACCUUGCCGCUGCCAUCCCUGCCUUGUUGGUCACCAUUCUGAUUUUCAUGGACCAGCAGAUCACAGCUGUGAUCGUCAACCGGAAGGAGCACAAACUCAAGAAAGGUGCUGGCUAUCACCUGGAUCUCUUUUGGGUGGCCAUCCUCAUGGUGGUGUGCUCCUUCAUGGCUCUCCCGUGGUACGUGGCUGCCACUGUCAUCUCCAUUGCUCACAUCGACAGCUUGAAGAUGGAGACAGAGACUUCCGCACCUGGAGAACAACCCAAGUUCUUAGGAGUGAGGGAACAAAGAGUCACUGGAACCCUGGUGUUUAUUCUGACCGGCCUGUCAGUCUUCAUGGCCCCCAUCCUGAAGUUUAUCCCCAUGCCUGUUCUAUAUGGUGUGUUCCUGUAUAUGGGGGUUGCAUCCCUUAAUGGUGUGCAGUUCAUGGAUCGCCUGCAGCUGCUUCUGAUGCCCCUGAAGCAUCAGCCCGACUUUAUCUACCUGCGUCACGUGCCGCUGCGCAGAGUGCACCUGUUCACUUUCCUGCAGAUGGUGUGUCUGGCGCUGCUCUGGAUCCUAAAGUCAACUGUGGCUGCUAUCAUUUUUCCAGUCAUGAUCUUGGCACUUGUCGCUGUCAGAAAGGGCAUGGACUACCUCUUCUCCCAGCAUGACCUCAGCUUCCUAGAUGACGUCAUUCCAGAAAAGGACAAGAAGAAGAAGGAGGAUGAGAAGAAGAAAAAAAAGAAGAAAGGAAGCCUGGACAGUGACAACGAUGAUUCUGACUGCCCAUACUCAGAAAAAGUUCCAAGUAUUAAAAUUCCAAUGGACAUCAUGGAACAGCAGCCUUUCCUAAGUGAUAGCAAACCUUCCGACAGAGAAAGAUCACCAACAUUCCUUGAACGCCACACAUCAUGCUGAUAAAAUUCCUUUCCUUCCGUCACUGGGCAUGCCAAGCCCUCCGAGAACUCCGGUCAAAGUUGUGCCUCAAAUUAGAAUAGAAAUGGAGCCUGAAGACAAUGAUUAUUUCUGGAGGAACAAGGG